UAAAAAGCCUUCCGCCGCGGUGGUUAGACCCGGUGCAGUCACGGCUUCAAAGCGGGAAACUCUCCCUCGCGUGAAACACUCCACAUAUUAAAACCGCACAGAGUUUAGAGGAGACGCUACAGCUGUUAUCUGUGAUGUUAAACAGCCUGAGGUGAGCGUGUAAAACGUGGCGGGAGCGGAGAGGAGAGCGCUACAGCGACACGGACGGAGCUGCGGCGAGCGAGCGAACAGCGGCAGAAAAAACCUCCAGCUCCUGCUGACAUUUUAUAUUCCGACACAGCGGCUAAAAAACGGUGAAACUGAGCGCAGAGAUGCCGGGCAUGAUGGAUAAAGGCUCGGAGUAUUUGGGGAAAGGUCGCUCCAACGGCACCAAGAGUCCGUCCAACGCCUCUAACGGACAUUUUUCUGACGAAAGCGGCAGCGACGAUGAGCACGAUGUUGGGAUGCGGGUCGGAGCGGACUACCAGGCCAACAUUCCCGAGUUUGAGCCCGGUUCCACCAAGUACACAGAUAAAGACAGCGGAGGGAUGUUGGUUUGGUCUCCGUAUCACACCAUCGUCGACUCCAAACUGGACGAAUACAUCGCUAUAGCCAAAGAGAAACAUGGAUACAACGUGGAGCAGGCUCUCGGCAUGCUCUUCUGGCACAAACACAACAUAGAGAAGUCACUCGCCGACCUGCCGAACUUCACCCCGUUUCCUGACGAGUGGACGGUGGAGGACAAGGUGCUGUUUGAACAGGCCUUUAGUUUCCACGGAAAGAGCUUCCACCGCAUCCAGCAGAUGUUACCAGACAAAUCCAUCUCCAGUCUGGUGAAGUACUACUAUUCCUGGAAGAAGACUCGCUCCAGAACGAGUCUGAUGGACCGACAAGCUCGCAAACUGGCCAACAGGAGCAACCAAGACGACAGUGAUGAGGAGAUGGAGGACGCCAAUCCCAUUGAAGCCAACGACAGUGACUAUGACCCCAACAAGGAAGCCAAGAAAGAGAACCAGGUGGAGCCGACGGUGCCAGGCUCUAAGGUGGCUCUGGGUCGACGGGAGCACCAGACUCUGCAGCACCGACACCACCAGCGUUCCCGCUGCCGCCCCCCCAAAGGCAUGUACCUGACCCAGGAAGACGUGGUGGCCGUGUCCUGCAGCGCCUCCGCCGCCAACACCCUCCUCCGCCAGCUGGACAUGGAGCUGGUGUCCCUCAAGAGACAGGUCCAAAAUGCCAAACAGAUGAACAGUGGACUGAAACACAUGUUGGAGUCUGGGAUCGAAGAAUUCAGGCUGCCUGAGUGUAACCAGAAGGUGAACGCUCGAUGGACAACAGACGAGCAGCUCCUGGCUGUUCAAGGUGUCAGGAAAUACGGGAAAGACUUUCAGGCCAUCGCAGACGUCAUUGGUAACAAGACGGUGGGCCAGGUGAAGAACUUCUUUGUGAACUACCGGCGGCGGUUCAACCUGGAGGAGGUGCUGCAGGAGUGGGAGGCCGAGCAGGGAACACGAGCUCCCAACGGAGACAGCGCCACCUCUGGAGAGGAGGGGAAAAACAGCUCCACCACUCCGUCAGGGAAGAGCACAGAUGAAGAAGACGAAGAGGGUCAGGUGACUUCCUCAGGUGCGUCUCCUGCUGCCUCCUCUUCUUCUUCAGCUCAGACUCCGGUGACGUCCAGCACCACCACCUCCUCCCUCCACCAGCCUCCUCCUCUCCUGCGGCCUUCCCUCCCAGCCACACCCUCCCUCCACCGCCAGCCCCCGCCCCUCCAACAGCAAGCUCGCUUCCUGCAGCCCCGGCCCACGCUGCAGCAGCCUCCACCUCUCAUCCGCCCCUCUAACCCCCUGCCCCCCCGCCUAAACCCUCGUCCUCCCGCUCCCAUGACCCUCGGCGGCAACCUCGGGGGGUCAGGUCCAAGCUCCACCCAGCAGCCGUCGGGCCUGGCCAUCCACCAAUCAGAGACGGCCUCGUCUUCCUCCCUCCACUAACAAACUGAGUUUCUGUUGAAGAGACACAAGAAAGAAAAUAUUCAGUCUCAGUCUGAAGCUGCUGUGUUCAGGUCCUGUGGGAAAAUCAGAGUGACUUCAUCAUUCAAAAAAUGUGACAUUUUCACUCAUGAACAUUAAGGUGACACAUUUACACAAAACAAAAUCCUAAUUUGAGUUUUUAAUAUUUGGUGAACAAGGCGUUAGGGGUUGAAGUUUGUCUUUCCCACAGGACUUACAUGCAGCGUACCUGCUGGUGGACACCUGGUUCUAAAAUCUUUGUUUUGUAAAGGACGACUGACUAGAAGUCAUUCAGUCUUUAGACAGAUUAUUAAAUCAGAGUCUUUUUUAGUCAUCAGCUAAUCCGUAACAGGCAUGGAGUCCCACAGGGAUCCUGGGCCCCUUCUUCUUCCCCGUCAGUGUGUCUCCACCUUUUCCUCCAUCAAUAUGUCUCCUUAAUGACAAAGAGCAGUACCUGUAAAACAUUUCAAAGCCAGUGACUUAGUCCGUUUCAUAAACUACCUUGAAAAAACAACAAGAGUAAGAGUCUACAGUAAAGCUAGCAGCCUCGUGAGGGUGUUCUGAGGUGCUCUGAGCUAAAUGGUAAUAUCAACAUGCUAACGUACACAGUGACAACCCUAACAUGCUAAUGUUUAACAGGGAUAAUGUUUACCACGUUUACCAUUAUAGUUUAGCACGUUAGCAUGCCAACAUUUACUAAUUAGCACAAAAAAGUAUUAGAAUAAGCAUGAGGUGGUACUUGAGUAAGUAUGAAACCUCAGUUUCCUGAGUUCAGUUUUAUGUUGUAGAGUUCUCGUUAUCUCUGCUGUAAGGAUAAACUCUGAAGUGUAGCACCACCUUCAGGACAAACCAGGAUGUUGUUUGUAUUGUGGCUCUAACAAACACUGCAGCUUCUAGGGGACGCUAGCAAGACUGUAAACUGUUAGUCUUGUGUUAAAGAAUCAGUCUGGUGACAUUAUCUUUCUUACUGUCAACAAAUCUCAUGUGCAGACUCAAACCAACGGUGGAUUAGUCCGACUCUCAACACAUACUCACACUCUGUCUCCAAGCCUGCUGGUUGCUACUGAAGAUGUAAAUCAUCAAAACACGUCACAAAUGUGUAAAAAAAAAAAUUGUUAGGAACUAUUUUCAGCAGCGGAUUAAUUCACAUUCAAUGCUGUAGUGAGCAUUCAGUGUUUGUUUGGCUUUGCAUGUAGGAUUUGUUGACAAGAAGGAAAGGGUAGAAUAUAACCAGAGUUGUACAGAUGAUAACAGGUCGAGAUGAAACUGAAGGCCUCAACGUUGUUGUACAGUAGCAUUAGACAUCAACAUGUACAGUUUGGUAUUUAUUUGAAUAAUUUGUAACCCGCUGUUCAUCCGAUCAGCUGUAAUUCAUUAGCUAACUGUGACAUACAGCCGCUGUGCAUUUGGUUUUAUAGUUGAUUUGAUGCUUUUUGAAAACACUAAAGCGUCACCCAGACGUCCUCCAGUAUCUGUAGAAAUGUCUCCGUCAGCCAAAUGAAAAAAGUUCCUCACGAUUCUCAUUCUGUUCUGUUCUUGGAGUUAACGUUCUCAGAGUAGGUGUUAUUUUUGUUUUAUUUAGUUUUUUCCUCCACAUGUUGAAAAUUCAUUUAAAAACUAAAAACCGUUCCAUCGUCCUCUGGACUCUGAGCUCCAGAUGUGCUGUCUGUCUGUCUUUUUAUUAUUUAUUCUUCUUAUUCCUGGUGCUACCAGUUUGGACUCAGUGUGAAAAAGUCAUUGUGAAAGUGCUCUUAAUGCUUUUUGGACAAACAUGUAUCACGGCAUUAAAUGUAACUGGAAUCAUAGAGUCAUACAUAGAGUCCUUUGAGUUUCAGUAGAACUUGUAAAAUAUUGAUGUUAAGACGAAGCUGCUGAGAUGUCUCUCUGAGGUUGUUGGUCGUUCUCAUUAAAAACUACAUUUUUACCAUCA